GACUCUAAUGCGUAUGUUUGCGUGUGAUGGUGCGCCGAAUUUCGGCACCGUUUUCGGACUGUUAUUGCUCGCUUCUUUCGCCGCGGUUGCGUCAGUCGCGAACAACUCGUUCCCGAAGAAGCGUGUCCGCAUUGGUUUCGUUUGUGUUUUCGAAAAUGUUCCUCCUGUGGGCGUUACCGCUCGCCCUGUAUCUGUUCUAUCGGUGGAGCAUCGCGACGUACGAUUACUUCGAGAAGCGCAACGUCCCGUUCGUGAAACCGGUCCCAUUUUUCGGCCAAGUGUUGUCAUUCUUCACCCAAGGAAGGCAUGUCGUUGAUGUGGCCUCGGAAGGCUACCGCAUGUUCCCGAACACGCGCAUCUCGGGCGUGUUUACGCUGCGAACCCCGGCCUACCUAGUGCACGAUCCAACGCUCUACAAGCAGAUGGCAACGAAGGAUUUCGACCACUUUACCGACCACGUGACCGAUUUCCGCAUCGAAACGGAUCCCAUCCUAGCGCGGUCGCUCUUCUUCACCAACGGUGCGCACUGGCGGCAGCAUCGUUCGGGCCUAAGCCCUGCCUUUACCGGCAGCAAAAUGCGCAGUAUGUUUGGUCUGCUGUCCAAGAGUGCCGGUGACGCGAUGGGCCGCUUGUUGGUGUUUGCGGCCGGCAAACCAUUCACCAUGGAGCUGCGCGAUCUGUACUCCCGCCUCGGCAACGAUGUGAUGACGUCGAUCUCGUUCGGCGUGGAGGUAGACUCGCUGACCGAUCGCGACAACGAGUUCUUCCUCAAGGGCAAACGGUUGGCGCAGAUCGACGGGCUGCCGGGGCUGAAGUUUCUGAUGGCCACCACCAUCCCGCGGGUGUUUCACUUCUUCCGGCUGAGCGGCAUGUACAAGGAUGUGAACGAUUUCUAUACGGAUGCGGUGGCGCGAAACAUUCAGCUGCGCGAGACGAAUCGCAUUACCCGGCCGGACUUUAUCCACUUGUUGCUGCAGGCGCGCAAGAACACGCUUGGUGCGGAGAAGCACGAAGACGAGGCGCUGCAGGAUGCUGGCUUUUCAACAGUGAAAGAGCACACGUUUGAGCAGAAGGGUGAAGGGAAGAUGAGCUGGGCUGAUAUCGACAUUGCCGGAGCGGCUGCUUCGUUCUUUUUCGGUGGCAUCGAGACGACGACGACGCUGCUGUGCUUCACCAGCUACGAGCUGGCCGUAAACCCGGACAUUCAGGAACGGCUGCAGGCGGAGAUUGACGAACAGCGGGAGAGUUUGGCGGACGGUAGGACACCCACGUACGAGGUGCUGCAGAAGAUGAAAUACCUCGACAUGGUCGUGUCGGAGGCGCUGCGUCGCUGGACACCGUUGGGGCUUACCAAUCGCAAGUGCACGAAGAACUACACGUUUACCAAUACGGACGGGACGCGCGUCACGAUCGAGCGUGGUCAGAACAUAUCGAUUCCGCUGAAGUACUUCCAUCUGGAUGAGAAGUUCUACCCCGAUCCGCUACGGUUUGAUCCGGAGCGGUUUGCCGACCCGAACAACAUCAACCAGGACGCGUACGUGCCGUUCGGCACCGGGCUGAGGAACUGUAUUGGCUCCCGGUUGGCGCUAAUGCAGGCGAAAUGCAUUCUGUUUUACAUGCUAUCGAACUUCAUCAUCAAGCCCGACACAAAACUGACCAUCCCCAUUGUGAUCGAUGAAACGUCGGCGGGGUUGAACGCGAAGCAUGGCUUCUGGAUGAACCUGGUCCCACGCAGCGCGUAAGCGAGCGUUUGCUAACUAACCCAGAUUGUGAUAAGAUAAAGACGCAGUAAUACGAUAGGCAGAGAUAUCUGUGUAUUUGUGCGAUAUUUGAUUCCCUGUCCGUUUUUGGUGCUAUCUUGGACGCCUAAGUCCUAUUUUGGUCAAUCAGUGAAAUUUGUGUGAUUAAGAGCUUUGGUUGAAAUAAAGCCCUCACUUCGAACCUCGAA